CAGCGCACUUCAUCCCGGAAAUAUCGUUUAGCGAAGUUCUUCCUGAGCUUCCUGUCUGUUAAUCCACUUGUUGAGGAGACGAGGAGGACGAGGGUACAAACUUAAAGCUUCACCAGAAGUCAAACAAUGGCGGAAACGGACGGGUAAAAAAGCGGCAGUUGGUAAAACAAAACCCGGAGAUUGAGCACCAUGUUAGAUUGGAGAGAAGCCAGUGUUCUCGGCGUCUCCGUCGCUCUUGCGGGGGGAGUCGCCUAUCUUAUCUGGAACUAUGCGUCCUCCCCCGGGGAGAAGAAGCCUGAAACACGGCCUCGACAAGACGGUGAAAGUGCCAGAAAGGAAGGAGAGGGGAAGGAAGAGGAGGCUGAACAAACUGUUGUAGUCGCUGCUGCUAAACCUCAGAAAGCAUCUGAGUCCAGGCCUGUGGAGUCAGAGGGGACACAGGUGCUGGUUCUGGGUCUGGAUGGAGCAGGUAAGACCAGCCUGCUGCACUGUUUGGCCACCGGCAGCCUGGAGCAGGACAUGCAGCCGACGCAGGGCUUGAACGCCGUCUCCAUCAACAGAGAGGACCUGCAAAUCGAGUUCCUAGAAAUUGGAGGUAAAGAGGAGCUGCGGCCGUACUGGCAGAAGUACAUGCCCAGGGCUCUUGUGCUGGUGUUCGUCGUCGACUCCUCCAGCCCACAGCUCUUCCCCCUUGUUAAGAAGCAUUUACAUGAGUUGCUGGCCUCUGACCCCCGCCUGCCUUUAAUGGUACUGGCCAACAAACAGGACCUUCCAGGAGCCUGCAGCAUUACUGACCUCCAUGACGCUCUGUCUCUGUCUGAGGUCGGAGACCGCAGGCUGUUCCUCAUCGGCACCCAUGUGAAGAAGGGAGAGGCAAAGCUCAGCUCGGGCGUUCAGGACGCUCGGGACCUGAUCGUCCAGAUGGUUUGUGACGGCAGAUAAAACACUCUGGUCUUGGCCCGUUGGUGGUUGUCACUUAAUCCUGUGUUUUGUGAUCAAAUUUAGUAGUUUCUUUGCACCAUUUCACUUAAUGGUUUUCACUACGCCAGGUUGGCUGAAACUCUUUUAUUUAUUUAUGAAAACAAUAAAACUGGUAUUGGAAAAGUCUUAAUAAUUAAAGAAUGUUGUUUGUUUUUGUUUUCAAAUUUUAUCUACACCAAAGAUUUCUUUUCUUUUCAUCCAAGCAGGUGAUGAGCCUUAAAUGUCUCGCUUUACAAGGCUGUUACUGGUGACUGUUACUGUGUGUCUCCUUUAGCACUGUAGAUGAUGGUACACAAACAACUGUUGGCUGUAUUGGAUGGAUUUUUGUAAUUUGGACUAUAUCAUAAUGUUCUUUGUGUGUCGUGAUCCACAGAAUAUUUAAUACCUUGACAUAGGCUACUUUUCAUGACAAAAUAAACCCACCAUAUCAACUUAAGAGUACAAAGUGAGGCUCCCAUCCCUACUGAUAAAGAUCUGUUACAUUCACUUGUCCACUUUGUACAGUGGCCUAAAUUUCAAAGCAAAACUUAUCGAGACUCUGCUGUGUUCAGGUCAGUGAUGGUAUGUGACAUGAUUUCUGGGUAUUUAAAAUUUCAUGUUUCGAAUAGUGAUUCUUUCUGCCAUUUGCGGCAGUGACUAUUACAGCUUUAAGAAGAAGAAGACGUUAAACUUGUGAGACAAGCUUUCUGAUGUGUUGUUAAUAUUUAAACUGAUUUGAAAUAAGCAGAAUUUCAACAGGACACCACAACUAUUUAAUGUCUUAGUAAAACAGCUCACCGAACCUUAACACUACCCAGUACCUUUCUUACUGCAGGAUUGUUAUUGUUGGAUUACAGCUUUAAAAACAUUGCUUUUAUGACACAAGUUCAUUGUUUGAUAAGUGCUUUGUCUUUAUCUUAAAAAGGAAAUUUACUUUAUCUUUAAAAAUGGAAUAUAAACCAGAUGUCUUUUGGAUUAGCUUUGUGUUUUUGCUGCUCAGAGAGAUGUUUGCACACAGCUACUUGCUCCUUCUUAUUUUGUCUUAAUACUGUUUUAUUUGGUGAAAUCUGUUUAAGCCACUCUCUGUUAACUUUGGGAUGAAGGUGAACUACAUUGUUGAUGUGUGCAAAGCCUUCACAUGUACCAUUUCUGAUGAAUGUAAACGUUUCAAAGAGCACUUUUUUAAUCAGCUUUUUCCAAUACCAAACUAAGUCCAACAUACAGUAUUGUGCACAGUACAGAUUCUUCCCAGUUGUGAUAUAGUCUUAUAUACAAUUUUUUCACUCUUAAAUAAAUUGUUCCCUUUAAAUUGA